AGAACAGAGAUGCGACUGCAUGGAACAAGACUACAUUUUCUUUAUGAUACAGUUCUGAUUUCUGUGAUAUGGGAUUUUGCACAUUUUAAACUUUGGUUUAUUUUGCUGUGUCCUGCUUUUGCGUUUUUUAACCAUGCGUUGUUUUAAAUAUGAUCAAUGACGCACGGGUUUUAAACUCUGCGAGUUGUUGUACUUUAUGAUGUCUUAUGUGGACAUGAAGAGGAUAAAGGCUGAAUAAAAAAGAUAGUAAUUCUGCGCGCAGCGGCAUGGAGGCACCGGGUGGCGUGGACGCGCCGGCGGUCUCCUACACGUCCUCAUCCGCAAACUCCUCGUGGGAGUCGGAAACGCGCUACUCGCGGACAGCAGCGGCGGGACUCGCGGCGCUUGUCGCCUUCCUCAUCGUGUUCACGGUGGUGGGAAAUGCCCUGGUGAUGCUCGCAGUAUUAACGAGCCGUGCGCUUCGUGCGCCGCAAAAUCUGUUCCUGGUGUCUCUGGCUGCGGCGGACAUCCUGGUGGCGGCGCUCGUCAUGCCUUUUUCGCUCGCCAACGAGCUGAUGGGAUACUGGCACUUUGGGCGUGCGUGGUGCGGUGCGUACCUGGCGCUUGACGUGCUCUUCUGCACCGCCUCCAUCGGACACCUGUGCGCCAUCAGCUUGGACCGCUAUUGGUCAGUCACGAGUGCUGUUCAAUACAACCUGAAGCGCACACCUAGUCGCAUCAAGGCUGCCAUACUGGCCGUGUGGAUCAUCUCCGCCCUCAUAUCUUCACCGCCACUCUUCUCCAUGAUGGACAAUGGGUUGGCAGAGGGCACAGGGCAGCUUCCACAGUGCCAACUCAAUGACGACACGUGGUACAUUUUAGCCUCCAGUUCUGCAUCCUUCUUCUUGCCGUGCAUCAUCAUGAUCCUUGUCUAUGUGCGCAUUUACAGGGUGGCCAAGACAAGAACAAGGACCUCUUCAGAGAAAAAGCCAAGUCUAGACACUGAUAACGGCAUCAGCAUCGCCACUUCAGUGGUGAGGAUGAACGGAGAGAGAGAGAAUGGGCACUGUCCGGGGACACCAGGCAUAAAUGUAGAUCCACGGCCAUCAAUCCAGGCUGAGCCAGAACCCACCUCAACUUUGGAGGCCAAAAGCUGGAAGGAAAAAGAUACAACACCAAGCAGAAGCCAUGAAGGCUCAAAACGUGGGUCAUCAUUGCCAUCUCUGGCAUCAGAGACAAGCAGACGGGCAUCCCGUGCCAGCAGCAAGACACAAGAUUUGUUUUCAUCUCGGAGGAUGUCUAGCGGACGAAGGAAGAACAGCAGUGGUGGCAGCAUAAGGAGGAGAAGAGCGUCUCAGGUGCGUGAAAAGCGCUUCACCUUUGUUCUAACUGUGGUGAUGGGUGUCUUUGUGCUCUGCUGGUUCCCGUUCUUCUUCAGCUACAGCUUGUAUGGCAUAUGCCGCCAGGCGUGCCACAUUCCUGACCUCCUCUUUAAGUUCUUCUUCUGGAUUGGUUACUGCAACAGCUCACUUAACCCUGUCAUCUACACCAUCUUCAACCAGGACUUCAGAAGGGCUUUCCACAAGAUACUUUGCUCUCCCUGGAAAAAGUCCUUCUAAAAUUUUGCACACUGCAGAUCACUUUACGCUCUAUAAGCUCGAAAGAAUUGAUUUCAUAGAAAUGGCGACCAUCAAAAAAAAAUUUCAUGGAUGCUUUCUGGAGUCUGAAUGUUGUAAUUCUUUCAUGUUCUCUGAUAAUGGAGAGGUAUUAUAUUUGAAAGGGACAGCUGAAAAAUCUGAGUGAGACAUUCCUCUGCCUGUUAGGAAUAAUAAAGAUAAGAGUUGAUUCUCUCUGCUCUGGUUGCUGGAGAAAGAAUUAGAGGUGAGCUGCUGGUUACUGUCACAGGAGAAGCCAAGCAGAAGCAUAAGAGUGUAUCUUCACUGCUAGUUGUAAAUUUUCAGAUGUAUUUAUUUUUUAUGCAAGUUCUAAUUAUGAUGUAUUCAAUAAAA